AUGCGCCUCUUGCCCGCCAAGCCCGUCUGGGCAUCCUUCACCCCCUCUGCAGUCGAUCUCAGAGACGCCAUGGCGCAACAACGCCGCUGCUUGUCUGGACAGCCUGUGCGAACAGGCCCUCCCGACCCGGUCCUCCAGUUUGCUAUACAUAGAUCCUUUGUCCCCGCAUACAUCUCCCCCUCCCUACCCCAUCUCCACCUCCUCGAGCGUUUCAAGAUGGUCUCGAAGCCUAUCACCUCGCUCGUACUCGUCUCGCUGGCGGCGCUUGCUGCGCUCACUGCCCACGCCGACGCCCAGCAGUGCUCUGCCACCUCCAAGUGCGGCGCGGCUGCUCCGUGCUGUUCGUCGUACGGCUACUGUGGCACCUCGAUCGACCACUGCCUCGGCACCUGCGACCCCACCGCCUCCUUCCAGCCGUCAUCGUGCAAGCCCAUGCCCAAGUGCAAGCCGCAGACCAUCUCGUUCACCAACAACGCCAAACCCUGGGUCCCCGCCUCGGCCUACCGCGGCGAUCCCAACCAGGCACCCUUCACCCUCGACCAGGGCACCAUCGAGACCGCCAAAACCGGGUCCAAGCUUCUCCUCACCAAAGAUGGCACCGCCAAGAAGGGCACGCUUCUGUCCACCACCAGGUACUGGUACUACGGCCAGGCAAGCGCCGUCAUGAAGCACUCCAGCUGGGCCGGCGUCGUCAACACCUUUAUCGGCAUGAGCGGGACGAAAGACGAGAUAGACUGGGAGUUCACGACUUCCUCGGACCAAGACAUUCAGAGCAAUUGGUUCUGGACAGGACAGCCAGAAGGCUACACACACGGCUACACCGUCCCAGGCUCUGUCCUCAACACGAUCUCCAAGCCGCGCUUCAGCGCCAAUGACUGGCACACGUACACGAUCGACUGGUCGCCCAACCGUCUUCGAUGGCUGAUCGACGGUACCGUCGUGCGCACGCUGUACCGCAAGAACACGCUCAACGCCAAAGACGGCCUCUACCACUACCCGUCCUCGCCCAUGCGUCUGCAGCUGAGCAUCUGGGGUGCCGGCGAUGGCACCUUCCAACAGGGCACCGUCGACUGGGCAGGCGGUCUGAUCGACUGGAACAAAGCGCCCAACGGCCGAUUCAUCAAUAUGGUCAAGCAAGUCACUAUCACGUGCAACGACCCCGAGGAUGUUAGGGACAGCCGACCCAACUAUGCAUUCAGCGUCAAGCAGGUCAAUGCGCAAAACGGUCAGCCAAAGGUGCUCUCGACGUCUAGAUCGUCCAUCUUGGCCUAG